AUGGAUAUACGACUAGCUAUAUGUAAUCUAAUUUCAGUAGUUUCUAAUUUUGUCACAGAAACAAAGUUGAAAGGGUAACUUGAUUAGCUCUACUUGUUAAGCAUUAAACCUGAUUCUAAUUUGGAGGAAAUUCAAAGAAAAAUGAUUAAUUUAGGAAAGAACAAUAAGACCCAUCACAGAAUGAGUUCGUAGCCGGUUGUACUCCCUUCACCUAAACAAAAUAAAGUUUAAUCUAUGUCAGGAGUCAACACACCUGCAUUUUCAGGUGGAAUGCCUUCCAAAGCAAUUGGUUUUGGAAGUAGAAUACAAUAUACCACUCCAUUUGAUUUAAAUAGAGAAAAAGUAGAAAAACAUAAAAAUAGGUCAGAUAGGCAAAUAUCUUUUAAAUUUGAAAUCUCUAAACCUUCACCCAAAAAUAUUACAGAAUUUAAGCCAAUUGACAAAAAAAUUGUGGAUAUAACUCAAAAAACAAAAUUGAACUCUGGAAUUUAACGAUCUUCUAAUGUGGUUCCAGUAUUACAAACAGAAUUAGAGUCAUAUCCACAAAAUACAAUAACUCUUAAAAGUUUACCUAUUAAAAAUGUUAUCCGCUAAUAACAACUUGAGGGAGAACAUAAAGAGAAAUAGUACGAUUAGACUAAGAUUUCAGGAAGAAUGCUAGAUCAGAUUAGUUAGAAUAUGAAGGAGAUGAAAUAAAACACUUUUAAAUUAAUAAAAGUAUUUGAAAAUACUCAUGAGAUAAAGACCCAAUCUUCUUAGGUAGAAACAUCUUUCAUUUCACCAUUCAGAAAAUAACAAAAUCCUCUUUUUAAUGGAAUUCAUGGUAAAAUUACAGAUUAAGAUUUACAUAAUAUAUAAUAAAACUUUUUGAUGAAAAAGCUGAUUAUAAAAGCUAAACAGAAUGAUGAGAUUGAAUUUGAGCCACCUUCGAUGGGUAUAUUCUUUGUAACAAGUGUUAAAGGAUGA